CGAGGCAACGGCCUCGCUGCUGACAACAGUUCUCCUCUUGGUUCGACGGCGGAAGCGUCGCGACGCGUCACAAGUUCAGUGUUCCGACGAUUUUUGUGAUAACGUUAAAAAACUGGAAAAAUGACGGACGGACCUUGGAUGCAGCAGUCAAGGCUCCCUGGAGCUGGUCCUGGUCUAGUACCGCCGUUUGGAGGAAUAACACCGCCGCCGCCGCCCCCAGUCGGACACAUUCCCUGCGUUAGACUCAAAACAGAGAUACCAACCCCUAAAAUGGACCCACCCCCGUGCGUCCAAAAUGCAAUGAUGAAACAAGACAAAAAGCCCUUCACCUACACCCCUGGCGGAAUCGACCUAUCUGAGAUAAAAUCUCCUCGAAUGGCCCGACGAAUCGAACGCAACGCCAACUACACCGGCGCCCCUGAACCCCCAAGACCACCCCCACAACAACAACCCGUGGGCCCUUUACCCCCCUCAGCCCUUGCAGCAAUGCAACCGCAAAUGCACGUCCAAGUUUUCCCCACCGGACCUCCACCGCCACCCCCAGGCCCCAAAUGCGCUCCUCCACCGCCACCUCCACCACCCGCCAACAUCCCGCGCCCACCCCCACCCCCACUCGAACCGCUCCCGACGCAGAAAGUCGUCACUUCGGAAAACCAAGUGCUGGAAAGACCAGACAUGACGAAAAUCAUCCCGGAUAAUCCGAUGGCGUUGUUGAGGAAAACUGGAGGUCCACAGACCAGGAGUACCUUCCUGGAUGAGAUUUACGGGAAGGAAGGAGCGAAGAGUCCGCCGGGGAGGCAACAACAACAACAGCAAUGGUCACCUCCUGUACAACAACAACAACAACAACGGUGGCCACAGCAACAACGGUCGCCUCCAGUGCAAGAACCACCACGGUACCAACCCAAAAUCAUUGAACGGAACCAACCAUCUCCCCAGAUUCAACCAGAACCUCCAAAAUAUCAGCCCAAGGUCAUUGAAAGGAACCCAAGUCAGGAUGAGCCAGUGGUUAAGACAAGUACCGCCCAUUUGGGCUCACUUUACAUCCCUCCAGCCAAUCAACAACCCAAAACCGUAUCAAGUCCUUCCCCUCCUAAAAGAGACUCCCCCCAAGUUCAAUCCCCAUCAACCCCCACGUUGAAAGAAGCGCCCAAACCCUGGCAGAAACAACCCAAACAAACGGAGGAACUCCCUCCAUGGGCCAAAAAAGACCCCCAAAACAACCAACCAAACGUUGUACAUGUUGUCCAAUCUCCCCAACCAAGCGAUCAACCCCCAAAUGUUGUCCGUGUUGCUCCAAAAUUCCCCCCACCACCGAACGAUCAACACCCAAAUGCCGUCUACGUGACUCAACCUCUGGUGUUUCAACAUCCAGGGCCGAGGGUUGAUGGCCAGGGAGCCAUCCUUAUACCUGUACAAAUCGAGAGGAAAGUACCAACAAAACCUGCAACCCCCUCCACUCCCGGAAACGAAAGGAAUUUGAACCGCCAACAAAGCUGGACGCCGCCCCAAAGCAACGCCUUCAAGGUCAUCCAGAAGAUAACGCAAACUGACGGUGACGACGACAAUGACAAUGCGGUUGUCGAACACGGCCCGCGAUUUCCGCAACAGUUCCAACAACCCACCGAGCAAAUGAGGAAGUUGAAGUUGUCCGAAGGUGACAGAGAGUUGAUGAAUCGAUUCAAACAAGGUGUUGACGAUGAUACGUCCCUUCAUAACGAAGUGGACCCGAGAUAUCGGGGCCCAGCUAUACCGUCAAAAGCUUUCAAACUGCUUCAAUCAAUGACUGACGGAGCUCCUGAUGCCACGGUUUCACGUGGGACACCUCCCGGAAAUAGGACUCCUCAAGUCAGGACUAUCCCCAUUCAGAUUGAACGUGACGAUGCACCGAAAAACUACGUCCACCCCAGCGAACAAACCGUUCCAGAGCCCAAGAAAUACACCGGGAGCUCGAUACCAAGCAGGUCGUUCAAGAUCCUCCAGGCCAUGACUGCGCCUGAUAGUUGUGCCAAUGCCAAUGAAGUAAACGAACACUACGACCCCUCCUCGUAUAACCAAUGGUACGACCCCAAUUACCCCCUCCCUCCCUACUGGCCCGACUAUUACUAUUACUAUCCGAAAGAAAACGAUAAAGACACUCCCGUCCCGUUCUGGGGGUACUACCCCCCACCAUCGCCCUACCCCUUCAUGCCACGACCAAGCAAAACGCCUGAUCUCGAAUCAGACCCCGAAACUGCCAGAAACACGCCACUGCCAUUCUGGGGGUACUACCCCGCCUACUACCCUAGUACCCCAAGCCGGGAGGUGGAGGAGUACUACAGCGCCCAGGAGGGGAAAGACGUGGGGGUACCCUACCAGUACCCCUACUGGGACCCUUACUAUUACUACUACGGGUACCCCCACAUGUACUCACCGUACCCCUACUACGAGCAAAGCGAAAAUGAGGAAGUUGGGGGUUAUUCCUCCACUGACGAAAUGGCCUACUUUAGCAAAAAAUUAAAGAACGAACGGGAAGAACCCGAGCGUGAAGAAACCAAAACCCCGCAAGUUCUCACAACCCCGACUUUACCACAGCAAAAGAGUGAAGAAACGGAGUCUGAAUCCUCCGAUUCUGAGUCCGAGACGGAGGUUGAAACUGAAGAAGAGAGGUUUCAACCAAAUGGUCUCCAAACCAUCCGUUCCGUCAAAGAUAUCAAAGUUUAUGAUGAUUCGGAUGAAGAACACAAGUCGGAUGAAGAUGAUUCGGUUUCGUACAUAGUUGACGAUGACACAAUCCCGCACCAGUUGAGUGUCAUUUAUGAAGAAAGCGAACGCAGCGACUCCAAACGCGAGUCAAGUGUGCUCAGUGAUUCGACAACGAUUGCCGAUAAGAGUGAAGAUGAGGAGGAAGAAGUCGCGGUUAGUGUUAAACUACCAUUGAAGAUUCACGUGGAGGUGACCGAAAACGAAGAAGUGACAACUGUGACUGUUGGCGAAAGUGAAGAAAUGAUAAGCGACACUUUUGCCGCUUUCACGAUCAAAACACCUCCAGGAACUGGAGAGGAAACCCAGUCUGUGAUUUGUGCUAGUGAUGAUAAUGCAAUUCCAAAAGAAGAAGAAGAAGAAGAGCAAGAUUGGUGGGGGAUUUUAGGUAAGGAAGAUGAUUACGUCCCGGUCAGGUCUCGCAAAAGUGAACCGGAACCAGAAGUGGUUCAACCGGAAACCAAGGAAGACGAUGCAAGUUCUACUAGCUCUAGAGAUAGCAGCUCAAGUGGGAGCUCAUCAACUUCCAAGAAAGAAGUCAUUGAAGAUUCGUCCGAAGAAUCGGAGGAAGAGAGUGACUCAGAUGAGGAACAGACCAAGGAAAAGGGCGAACCUGAACCGUUAUCGAUCAAGGAACGCAUUCAAGCCCUUAAGGAAAGUAUCAACGCCAAACGCGAGAAAUUGAAAGAAAGUGAGAUUAAAACCAGUGUCAAGGAAAAAAUCUCAGCGAUUGAAACCGGUGUUUGUAAACCAACUUCGACCAAAAGCAGCGUCAAGUCAUUUGAGGAGUUCAGUGAGGAGGAGGGCGAUUCUGGCGUGACCUCAGACAUGAGUCGCCACAUUUCAGACACUGAGGAGUUUCCCGAAUUGAGGAAGAUGAGUCGCUACCAACGUGCAGCAACCCACUCUAGACUCUUCAAACUGUUGCAAGAGGAAUGCGAAGGAGAGGAAGACGAUGAAGUGGUAAAAACCGAAGAUAAGAAAGAAGAAACCGUCAUGAGACGCGACCAAUUGAGUCUACCACUCAAAACCAGUGACGAAAGCUUUUCCUCAAGUGCCCUAACAUCGCCCGGAUCCCCAGUCAGUGACCGCCUGGUCACCGAACUGAUCCAAAGCAUCCUCAAGAAGAAGAAAGGCCAGAUUUUCCGAAACGUCCCCAAAGAGAAGCUCCAAGCCGCCGCAAAACGCAUCCUCCAGGAGGAGUUGGACGAUUUUUCCACUCCUGACAGUAGUUUCCUCUCGCCUUUGCGGACCAGCACCGAGAGUUCGACACCUGCCCAAACCCCGCAGGAGUUUUACAACGAUUACAAGCAAUACUACGACAGUUGGAGCGACGCCGAGCGUCUGUACGACGAAAACUACGACAUUUUGCCGUCCAAGGCCUUCAAACUCUUGCAGGAACACUCCGGUUCGAACAAAACCGGGGCCAUAGCCGGGCUUUUGGCCAAAUGUCCCAAAAUCCUCAGCAAUAAAAACGUGCAUCAAGAGCUGAUGCGACUCAUUGAGGAGUCCCCAAAAUCCCCAUCCCCUUCCCUUGAACCCAGCGAGGUCACGAGUGCUUCUUCUGCACUUUUAUUGAGCACCCACUUUUGCGAAACGUCCCUCAGUAGGUCAGCACGAUUGCUUCAGCAGCAAAUUUCCUCUGACACGGCAAUUCCCAGCCAACUGUUCGUGCAAGUGCCACGCGAAAUGAGUUUUGGGCACGCUUUAAUUUUCCUGUGCCUGCUUUUGCCCGCUUUCGCCGCCCCUGAUCUCCCUCACACCUUGGCAAGGAUCAGCGAAGCUAGAGCUAGAGCAAUCGCAAAUCGGGCGAGACUUCGGGCAAACUCCGCCAGGGUCAUAAAUCAGGUGCGGAACAAUCGCUCAAAACGCCAGGACCAACAUUUCGACAAUGAAGAACCGACUUUUGUCCACAUUUGCCCAAUGGACGACGAAAGCCAGGCCAGGAGUGCCGAAGACUCGGGUGAAACUCUCCCAGAGGGGCCAUCAAAUGAGGAAAAUCACCUGGACCCCAGCUCUUCGCUGAACCAGGCUCUGGACGAGCUGAUGGAAGCCCGGAGGCUUCUGGACCGGUUUGAGGGACAAAGGGACGCAGAGGCCUAUCGCCACUUCCACGUCCACCAACACUCCACCAUCCAUGGGCAUGGACAAUUACCUCUACCAACAACCCAGGUUUUGCACCCAGGCUUGCCCGAAACGCAUGGUCUUAACCUAAACUUUCACCAAACCCAGGGCCUUUACCCGGGCUUGCCCAUCGUCAACCAUGGGGUGGUACCGUCCCAAAUCGCACCCAUCCAUCCCGGGAUGGGCGUUUUCCAGACGAGACUGCGGGAGAACGACCAAGAUGAUGAUUUUCCAGGUCCCAUGAUUGAUUUUGACGAAGAACCUGGAGAUAUGGACGAGCAACUGGACAACGAACUUUCGCCGUUCGACCAGUUCUCGGGCGAACGUGAGGCGAACCCGACUUUGCACCACAAAAAAAUGAAGUUGAAGCAAAAGUUGAACCAGAAAUUUAAUAAUUACGGACCUCCCCCACAGUAUUAUGGUCACUAUCGUGAAGCUGAAGAACGUGAAGCUAGUCCGACUUUGCACAAAAAACGCAAACUGAAGCAAAAACUUAACCAGAAGUUUGGUCAAGGUUACCCGCAGUACUACGUCCCUUAUCGGGAAGUUGAAGAAGAAGGAGAAGAAGAAGAAGAAGAAAGGGAGGCUAGUCCAACUUUGCACAAAAAACGCAAACUGAAGCAAAAACUCAACCAGAAGUUUGGUCAAGGUCAGGCGUACCCCCAGGUGCAGUACUACCGUGAGGCCGAACCCCAACAACCUGGGGACCUUUUCCAAGACACUAUCACUUCCCCUUAUCUUUUCGACGUCCCCAACCGGCGCUUCAAAGACUACAGGCGUUCAGCGGACCAGGACCUUGACGCCCUUCUGGGCGUCCAGCGCCAGAUCAUCGACACGAUGAAGGAGAAGGCGCAAAACGACCAAGACUUGGACUUUCUGACCGACAUCAGCAACCGAACACUGAGUUCAAUCGAAGACCGGCGAAAAAAAAUCUCAAAACGUUCCAUCCCCCUAACCCGCCUAAUAAGCGACCCGAACGUGCGUCUGGACGUCCCAAAGACCUUCGAGAACUUUGGCACGGCCACCAAGCACGCCUUCGAGGAUGAGAGGGCCCCCAUGUACCACCUGAAGCACCUGGUGGGGUCGUCCAAAAACGCCCUGCUCUCCGCCAUGCGGAUCCCGCCCCAGAACAUGAUCAUACCGUCGGAUUACGAAGUUGUGAGGGCGUCAACACGUGGGGGAAGCACCCGUGAAGACGACUCUUUUGGCAACACGUUCAAGCGAGUGGGGGAGAUGGUAAGGGAGAGUAUAAGGUCGGGGCAAGAAACGGUGGCCCACAUCAGCGACGCGGCCCACGAAGCCCGCAAUAUGCUCAACACGGCCCGACACGGAGCCCCCAGACUCAUAAUCCCCUAUUCCCAAAUCCCAGCCCUUCACAAAGGCCCCCGUAAGGCGGUUCUGAUAACUCCCAGGAUUCUGGACCUGGCUGAGGACCACACCGCGCGAAAAUCAAGUGACUUGCGACCGAACUUCCUCCGCCUGGGCCACUUGAUGGACGCCGUUGGUUUUUCCAAACCACACGCAAAAAAUCUGGACUUGGAAAAAAUCGUUUUCGAGCCGAAACGUGUCCAUAAAUACAACGAUGAGAUAGUUGAGGCUUUGAAUACGCUGGAAGACGCCAAGGUUUCAGUGGGCGCCAAAAACCUGAGGGACCUUUUGCUCAAAAUGCGCGACGAGUUGACCAACGUGGUGGCGGAAGAGCCCAGGAAGAAGCACAAGAGUAAGAGGAAGAAGCAGCAAGAGACCAAAGAAAUGGGGAAGUUUAUCGAGACUUUGUUCGACGGGACGCAGGAGGAGAGAGUUGGGGAUAUGAUGCUUGCGCCUGAGCUGCUGCGCCCCUUCAUGGGGCGGGCGUCCGACAGCGACUUGCACAAUUAUUUGCGCGAAAAUGGGGAUGAAACAACGCCCAAAAAACACUUCGAGGAGUUGAAAAACUCGACUAAUCCCGAUCUGGGGUAUGUUUUAGGUGCAAUUAACCCGCUUAUGUUGGAGAGGAUGUUUAAUCAGACGGUUGAGGUGAAUUCGGGGCGGAAUGAGACUGUGGGGACGGCCAUGGGGUUGAAUGGGGCCAUGCUGAAGCCGUUCAUGGGGCAAGCCCAGAACCAGGCAGUUGAGGAUUUUUUAGACACGUAUAACCAUGACCCCAACGAUGAUUACGUGGAAGAAAUAGACGAGUAGUUUUUUUUUUAUUUUUUAUUUAUUUUGUUUAGGGUUUUUUACAAAAAAUGUUAGUUAGUGAAUCUGAUCCUGUUGUAAGUGGUGUAACGGGUGUUUUGAUAUGGUGGUCUUGGUCUUCGGUACACCGGAGCUGUAAAAAUGAAGUAAUCAAUAAAGUUGUUACGUAAU